GAGCAGCUUGCUACUCGCGAGGACGUUGUGUCCUCUCUUCUGGACUUGAGCAUGCUCCAGGCUCGUCAGGAGCGACUCACCCUCCAUGUCGCUGCACUGCGUCGCCUUCUUGCCAUCCUCUUUGACCCUGAUCGCACCCUCCCGAUCAUCCCUGUACGACUCGGGACCUCCACGAGGGUGUACUCAGCGUUGUGGGAUUCCGGUUCUCAGGGCGACUUCAUUCACCCACGCAUGGUAAAGGAAGCCCGCUUACCCUCGACACGGUCUCCGACUCCCAUCUCUGUUACCCUAGGGGAUGACAAGACCCAACGCUUCUUCGAUCAGACGGUCACCGACCUCCGCUUCCUCCUCACUCUCGAGCCGACUGAUCGUUCCCAGGCGUCUCGUCGCCACCGCUCCUCUGCACAUUUCGAUGUGAUGGAAACGGGGUACGACUUCAUUCUCGGCACUCCGUGGUCUCAUCGGUUCCGCAGCACCGAGGCCGAUUGGGCGACCAACACUCUCGUUCUCAAAAUGAAGUGUGGACAGACGUAUCGCGUACCUUUCAUAGGUACCACGGCGACACCACGCCCCGAUCCUCCUCCCCUGGAGCCUUCAGUGCCCACACCAUCUCCCUCUAUCACUGUCACCUCGCCUCGGCAGUUCGCUCACUUCAUUCGACAGGACGAUGUCACCUUCUUUAUGGUGAACGUGACGGAUCUCUUACACUAUGAUCCACCCUGUCCCGACGCCGAGCUCAUCCCUCUGGAGCCAGAUCCUCCCUCUAUCUCCAUGACUCCCAUCUCUACUUCCGUCCCUCCGCCGUCCGUCGAGUCCACCCUGCCGUCGCGCGCUGACGCUGACGCUGAGGAACUCGCACGAUAUACGGCUGACUUGAAGCCCGCAGUUCGUGACCUCAUCCGAGAGUACCACGACAUUUUUCCAUCGUCGUUCUCGUACACCGGCAUCCCACCGAUGCGUGACGUCGAGCACUUCAUUCAGCUCGUGCCUGACUAUCGUGUUCACCAUCAGGCACCCUACAGACUCUCGAUCCCCGAGGCCACCGAACUCAAGCGUCAGCUUGAGGAGCUCCUGAGACUGGGUUUYAUUAAACCCAGCAACUCCCCRUGGGGUGCACYCGUCCUCUUUGCUCGCAAAGCGGAUGGAACUCUUCGUCUCUGCAUCGACUACCGCGGCCUCAACCGCUACACGGUUAAGAACAACUACCCCAUGCCUCGUUCCGAUGAGCUGUUCGACCGCCUAGCAGGCAACCGCUUCUUUACGAAGAUUGAUCUUCGUAGCGGUUACCAUCAGAUCCGCGUCGCUGCAGCCGACCAGCUGAAGUCCGCGUUCCGAUCACGAUUCGGCCACUACGAGUUCACGGUGAUGUCAUUCGGCCUCACCAACGCACCCGCUACCUUCCAGAGGGCGAUGAACGACAUCUUCAGGGACAUCCUGGAGCAGUACGUUCUCGUCUACCUCGAAGAUAUCCUGGUCUAUAGUCGUACCCUUGAGGAGCACCUCAGACACCUUCGCGACGUCCUUGACCGCUUGCGCAGACAUGGCUUCUAUGCCAAGCUAAGCAAGUGCCGCUUUGCCCAGCACAAAGUGGAUUUCUUAGGACACUACGUGUCUGACCAGGGUCUCCACAUGGACGACGUGAAGAUCACUGCUAUUGCGGAGUGGCCCGCUCCCACAUCCGCCAAGCAGCUUCGCAGCUUCCUAGGCCUGACCAGCUACUAUAGUAACUUCAUCCGGGGACACGCUAGCUAUUCCUACGUCCUUACCUCCACCCUCCUCCGGAAGAACCCACGCUGGGCUUGGACACCCCUCCACGAGGACGCCUUCCGUGCCCUCAAGAAGGCGGUGACAUGCGCACCGGUUCUUCAUCUACCUGAUUUUGACCGCCCUUUUAUCCUUACCACCGAUGCGUUAGACUUCGCUGUAGGAGCAGUGCUUUCUCAGGUCUUCCCCUCAUCUCCUGAUUCCUCUCAUCCUCGUAUCCCUCGCUUCCCACCACCUACCCCUACCACUGCUUCCCUACUGACGCCUACUCGUUCAGCUACUGACGAGCCUUCUAUUGACUAUUCUCCUACCAUCGCCGAGGACGGCACUGUCGAGUCUCGCUCAGUAGCAGAGUUCCAUGACCAGGCAGCUGCCGGUCAUAUGGGUUUCCACAAGACGUUGGCUCGUGUGAGCCGCCUGUACGUCUGGCCGAAGCACAAGGACUUUGUGAAGGACUACGUCGCAGAGUGUCCCACCUGUCAGGAGGUGAACAGUGCGAACCAGCUACCUUAUGGUUUGCUCCAGCCUCUUCCUAUCCCUGAGGGUCGUUGGCAGUCCAUCUCGAUGGACUUUAUCGGUCCUCUUCGACCUCCGACCCCCCGCGGUCAUGAUGCUAUCCUGGUCGUCGUCGACCGCUUCAUGAAGCGUGCACGCUUUGGUCCGUGUCGCUAUGCCAUCAGUGCACGUGAGGUCGCCGACAUCGUAUUUGACCGAGUCAUGCGUGACCACGACUUACCUCUGAGCAUCAUAUCUGACCGUGACCCGCGCUUUACCAGCCGAUUUUGGCGACGGCUCCACGAGGUGUACGGCACUCAGCUCCGCUUCUCCUCGUCUUACCAUCCUCAGACUAAUGGUCAGACCGAGAUCACGAACAGGACUCUCGGGGAUAUUCUCCGAAAGAUUGUUCGUGACGACCAGCAGUGGGAUUUCCAUCUUGCCCACGCGGAGAUAGCCUACAACCACGCCGUCUCGCCAGGCACGGGGAUGUCGCCUUACUAUUGCGACCGCGGCUAUCACCCGCGUGUUCCCGCAGACUUUCUUCGACCGUCCCAGAUGCACCCCGACUCGAGUUGUCCCGCGCUGGAUGAUUGGGUUGCACACAUGACGUCGAUUAUGAAGACCGCMCAUGAGCACAUAGCCGCUUCCCAGACUCGCAUGGCAGCACGUGCGAAYCGAUCGAGGAUGGAUCMCCCAUUCAAGGUCGGUGAUGAUGUGCUUAUCGACGCCCGCCACUUACAGCUCGAAGCGGACACGGUUCGCAAGUUUCGGCGUCGCUUCUUUGGCCCAUGCCGCAUCCUCBAGGCCGUCGGUUCUGAUACGGCAUCUAGCCCGGUCAGCUUUYGUGKGAAGCUGCCCGACUACCUACGCCAGGCUCGUGUGCAUGAUGUCUACCACGUCUCGUUACUGCGUCCUUACCGCAGACCGUCUGAGCGUUUCGCUGGACGACCAUACGAGCGCCCUCCACCCAUCAUGGUGGACGGCCACGAGGAGUUCCUCGUUUCAGACAUCAUUGGUCGCCGAGUCACCGACGACAACCCUCCCCACGUCGAGUAUCUCCUUGUUGACGAUCUGCCAACGAGCAUCAUCUCCUUCAAUCCGAGCGAUCCUUGUCAGGUCAGGCCUGUCACUGUGGAGAGAACGUUGACACCAACCGUAAUUUGGGCAAAUUGUACAGAGGAUUUCUGUCAAUACUUGAGUGAUCACGAUCCUACGGGUUGGUGCUAUCUGGACCUGAACGAGCUCGCACCGGAUAAUUCCAAUCUGAAUGAGUUCUGGAAUGCUCAUCUGGCACACGGAGAGGUGUCAUCGGACGACGACCCAGGUCGCAUAACCAUCACGAGGCUAUCAGCGGAAGAAGAGUCAGAGGCCCGAUCAACGAUGAAGGAAGAAGAGGAGGCAUCGACACCCGAGCCCCAGGAGGCUCUUCCGGCCCGAGCGCCACUUGCCGCACGAGGAGGAUCUGCCCUGAACCUCGAAGUCCCCUCCCACGCCGCCUGUCGUCACGAUGGUGCAGAAUCCUCCUGCUGGCGCUGCCGCUCUUGCUCACCAUCUCCUUCCUCCUCCUCCCCCUCGGCGCUUCGUCCCCGUCCUCCUCCCCGCACGAGCGCUCCGUCUUCGUCCCAUCUACCGCCGCCCUCUUAAUUAUCUAUCCUUUUCUCCUCUUCCCCAUAUCGAAUUCCACCUA